AGGUUUCAGUUGGAUCGUCUCCUUUUCUUCCAGAGGCUUCGAGGCCGAGAUCUCGACUCGUUCUCGCUUCUUCUCCUUUCUUCUUGGUUGUCUCUCGUCGUUCGUCCAGGGUUUGGCGAGAUGUCGUUCGGGUUGCCGGCUUAUGGCAUUCAGGCGAUGCUCAAGGAAGGGCACAAGCACCUCUCUGGUCUCGAUGAGGCCGUGCUCAAGAACAUCGACGCAUGCAAGCAGCUCUCUGACAUUACACGCACCUCGCUCGGCCCCAACGGUAUGAACAAAAUGGUUAUCAACCAUCUGGAUAAGCUUUUUGUGACAAAUGAUGCUGCCACUAUAGUGGAUGAGCUUGAGGUGCAGCAUCCAGCUGCAAAAAUUUUGGUGCUAGCUGGAAAGGCCCAACAGGAGGAGAUUGGUGAUGGAGCUAAUCUAACCAUAUCAUUUGCAGGAGAGCUUCUUCAGAAUGCAGAGGAACUGAUUAGGAUGGGUUUGCACCCUAGUGACAUAAUAAGCGGUUAUACAAAAGCCGUAAAUAAGACAGUUGCAAUUUUGGAUGAACUGGUGGAGAAAGGAUCAGAAACCAUGGAUGUUAGGAAUAAAGACGAAGUCUUUAACAGAAUGAGAGCUUCUGUUGCAAGCAAGCAAUUUGGACAAGAAGAUGUUCUAUGCCCUCUCAUUGCUGAUGCGUGCAUCCAAGUUUGCCCAAAGAAUCCAGCAAACUUUAAUGUUGACAACGUUCGAGUUGCCAAACUACUUGGAGGUGGUUUGCACAAUUCAUUAGUUGUACGUGGUAUGGUCUUGAAGGGUGACACUGUUGGUACAAUUAAGCGGGUUGAGAAAGCAAAGAUUGCUGUAUUUGCUGGUGGUAUUGAUACGUCAGCAACUGAGACAAAGGGCACUGUUCUUAUUCACACUGCAGAACAGCUAGAAAAUUAUGCUAAAACUGAAGAAGCUAAAGUUGAGGAGCUUGUCAAAGCUGUUGUUGAUUCUGGGGCAAAGGUGGUCGUCAGUGGUGCAGCUGUUGGAGAUAUGGCAUUGCACUUUUGUGAACGCUACAAACUUGUGGUUCUAAAGAUCAGCUCUAAGUUCGAACUGCGAAGAUUUUGCCGCACAACUGGUGCUGUGGCGCUUCUCAAACUCAGCCAGCCAAAUCCUGAUGAACUGGGAUAUGCUGAUUCCAUUUCCGUGGAAGAAAUUGGUGGUGCCCGGGUAACCUUAGUGAAGAAUGAACAAGGUGGGAACUCAGUCUCUACAGUGGUCCUACGAGGUAGUACUGAUAGUAUACUAGAUGACCUUGAGAGGGCUGUUGAUGAUGGUGUUAAUACCUAUAAGGCAAUGUGCAGAGAUAGUCGCAUUCUUCCUGGCGCUGCUGCAACUGAGAUAGAGUUGGCCAGAAGGCUGAAGGAUUUUGCAUUGAAAGAAACUGACUUGGAUCAAUAUGCAAUUGCAAAAUUUGCUGAGAGUUUUGAAAUGGUGCCUAAAAUCCUUGCUGAAAAUGCUGGACUCAAUGCAAUGGAGAUAAUUUCUUCCUUGUAUGCUGAGCAUGCUAGUGGAAAUUCAUGUGUCGGCAUUGACCUAGAAGAAGGGGUCUGCAAAGAUGUCUCAACCAUGAAUAUUUGGGACAUAUAUGUGACUAAAUAUUUUGCUCUUAAGUAUGCUGCUGAUGCUGCCUGUACUGUUCUCCGUGUUGAUCAAAUAAUAAUGUCGAAACCAGCGGGUGGGCCAAGGAGAGAUCAACAACCCGGCAUGGAUGAGGAUUAACUUUUCUAAUAAGUAUCACAUGGUACCUGACGAAAAAAAGAGAAUAUUAUGGUUAUCUAUUGUUUUGUGCGUGAAAUCGCCGUGAAGGUUUUGUUGAUACAUUGGAAAUCCCCUGAUGUUCUUUGUUUAAACGAGUAGUAUUCAGCUUUAUGAGUUCAAAGUUAAGAUUUGCAGGGUUAGGGUGAUAAAUAAUUUUGCAUGUGUUGGAAAGCCGAUUAUCACGUAUGUCUUGAGAAUUCUGUUUGUUGGAUUAUCUGCCAAAAAUGUGAACAUAUGUAUCUCAAUUCGUGUUUAGUUAAAAACAAUUGAUGCUUUGAUGCGAA